CAACCGGGUCCCAGAGGUCAAAAAGGCGAUCCUGGCCAGCGUGGUGGAAUGGGUGAACCCGGACCGAAUAGAAUUGUUGACAUCACCGAGGGAAUGUUUCCAUUGCGGGUCCGACGAGCUGCUGUCUUCCGCGAUUCUAAAAUGGAUCCAGAUGCAGUUCUUAUUCCAAGUAAUCUUCCUUCAAUCGGGUCUAUAUUGCGCAGGCUCUACGUUCGCAUAGAACGUCUUGAAACAGAUCUAAAGAACCACCAAAAACCUGCAGGCUCUCGUACUAGCCCUGCCCGGCAUUGUCGUGACAUUCUUCGUAUGGCCUCUGUCCCUAAACGUCUCGUUUCUGGCCCAUACUGGGUGGAUCCUAAUCUCGGGUCCAGGGCAGAUGCCGUUCGUGUUGAAUGCCGAUUUGAGGCAGAAGGCCGAGUAGCAAAGACUUGUCUUCUUCCUACAGCCCCUCUGAAUGAGGUUGGUCGGCACAUUUACACUUAG